GCUUUCUGUGCUGAGAAAACAUGGAAAGAUUGUUUACAACAUCUCUCUCCACUCUGUCGCAAAUAAAGUUCGAGAACAUCAAUCGAAUUGUGGCAGAAAACUCUUCAACCACAGGGUCGAGACUGAAGAAGGGUUAUAAAUUCUGUGUUGAAGAAUUUAUUCAUGGAUAUCAGGACCAGAUCGAGGUGAAUGAGCAAAAACAAGACCUGCAUGGUGAGGAUGAGAAACGUAACUUCGAGACUCAAGGAACAAAGACAAAACGUCCGCACACCUGUCCUCUGUGUGGAACGAGCUUCAGAAAAAAAGUGAAACUUGACAUGCACAUAGAGACUCACAGUGGAGAGAAACUGUACGUCUGCUCUGAAUGUGGAAAGAGUUUUUCAUGGCUCGACAGUUAUAAACUGCACCAGGAAACGCAUAAAGAAAAGAAAGAUCAUGAGUGUUUAGAGUGCGGGAAGAGCUUUAUUACAACUGGUCAUCUGAAUCAGCACCAACGAAUUCACACUGGAGAAAAACCGUACAAGUGCUCAUAUUGUGACAAGAGUUUCAGUCAAUCUUCAGCAAUGAAAUCACACGAGCGAAUUCACACUGGAGAGAGGCCGUUUACCUGCACUCAGUGUGGUCAUGGUUUUAGGUCCGCAUCAAGUCUACAACAACACAUGAUCGUUCACUCAGAUGAGAAGCCUUAUGCAUGUUCGUUCUGUGAAAAGAGAUUUUCACGUCCUGGCUAUUGUAAGCAGCACCAGAAAACACACAGUGACCAGAGAGAUCAUGUGUGUUUAGAGUGUGGGAAGAGCUUUACUACUGCUGGUGAGCUGAAUCAGCACCAACGAAUUCACACUGGAGAAAAACCGUACAAGUGCUCAUAUUGUGACAAGAGUUUCAGUCAAUCUUCAGCAAUGAAAUCACACGAGCGAAUUCACACUGGAGAGAGGCCUUACUACUGUCCUCCAUGUCAGAAGAGUUUUCGAUUUUUAUCAAAUCUUCUCAGACAUAUGAAGAUAUGCAAGUCGUCACGGUGAGGAUUGUUUAGUUUUCAGAUCAAAUUCAUUCAAAAACACUAAGAUGAAAAAAUGUCGGUCUGAAUGUAGUGAAAUGAUCUGAGAACUACAGUAGAAGCACUUAUUGCUGAUUAAGGAACUAAUGAGUUUCACAAAAAAAAUCUUGAAAUGUAAAUAAUUAAAAUCUUUCAUUUUCUUUUUGUUAUUGUUUGUAUGAUUGUGUUCUGAUUUUCUACUACUUUGUGUAGUUAAACUUAUAGGAGUUGUAAGACGUUAAUCAGUAACUGCACAUUACUGAGUUUUCAUGUGAUAUAUUUUAGUGCCAUUUUAGUGAGAUGCUUUGAGAACUAGAAAAACUUGUUUCUAAUUCAGAAAUUAAUAUGUUUUACAAGAAAUUCCUACAGUGUGAAUAAUAAUUAGUAAAUGUAUCUUUUAAUGUAUGUUUGUAAGGCAUUCAUGGCAUUUGUUUACUAAUGUCCAUUAUAUUGUGUUCUGAUUGUACACUAGUUGAACAAUAGAAGCUGUAAAAUAUUAUAUUUGUUUCAGAAUCAGAAAGAGCUUUAUUGCCAGGUAUGUUCACACAUACUAGGAAUUUGUUUUCGUGACAGAGCUUCUACAGUGCAACAGAAUUACAGAGACAGGACAAAAAACAGACAAUAAAUUAUAUUUUAAAAAAUAGAAGUAAGUAGUGAGUGCAAAUAUACAGAUUGACAAGUGUAUGUACAUGUUUAUUACUAUAUACAACGUUAUAUGUGCAGCUGUUAUGUGCAAAUUGGCAUGUAA